AUGGCCGCACUGCUGCUCGUCUCCCUCAUCCUCCUCUCACUCCUCUCUCUCUCCUCUUCCCUCCCCAACCAAGCCGUCCUCGACGCCGCCGAAAUCCUCUCGGAUUCAGGCUUCGUCUCUAUGGCUCUGACUCUCGAGCUCGUCUCGCAGUCCCUCGUCCCACAAUCCCCUUCUCUCACCAUCUUCGCUCCGCCAGACACCGCCUUCACCCGAUCGGGUCAGCCCUCCCUCUCUCUGCUCCAAAUCCACUUCUGCCCUCUCCCUCUGCCCCUCCAGACCCUCAAAGCCCUCCCCGCCGGCACCAAGAUCCCAACUUUGCUAUCUGGGCACUCUCUCAUCGUCACCACACCCUCCUCCGGCGCCCCAAUUUCACUCAACAACGUCAAGAUUACAUCCGCAGCGCCCCUUUACGAUGAUGGGUUUUUGAUCAUUUUCGGAGUUGAUAAAUUUUUCGACGCCAAUUUUCAGGUUCCCAUCCCAAUUCGGAGCCCCGUUCCAGAUCCGGUAUGUGGGUCUUCGACAUCGUCAUCGUCAGCGAACGUUACAACCACAAUUGGGUUUCCGGGUGCUUCUUGGUUUGAAGGAUCGAGUGCGGUUCUGAGGUCAAAUGGGUACAAUGUCAUGGCCUCGUUUCUUGAUUUACAGCUUGUGGGGUUCAAGAACCCGAAUUCGAUGACUGUCUUUGCUCCUCUUGACCAAGCAAUUGAGAACCCUCUGCAAUACCCUUCCAUCUUUCUCCGACAUGUCGUUCCCUGCCGGCUUUUGUGGAGCGAUUUGGUGAGUUUCAACGACGGGACUGUUUUGCCGACGUAUAUGGAGGGGUUUACUAUCACCAUCUCCAGGUCUGGUGACGUGUUGUUGCUUAAUGGAGUUCCGGUUUUCUUUGCGAACAUGUACUACAGCGACUCCUUGGUUGUUCAUGGUCUCCGUGAGAGUCUUGUAAUGCCAGAGACGCCAGAAGUUGCAGAUGAGUCUUCACCUGAGAGUGGAACCAACGAUGAAGUGCCUUUUGAUAAUACUGAGUUUUAA